GAGAAAAGAUAGUAGUUUGGAAGAGCUUUGUGUUUACUUGCUGUUGUAAAUAUUUAAAAAAAUGUCCAAUUGGUUCUUAAGAUUUAGUUUGGAGUACUGAGAGCAAGCUGUGUGUUGUAAUGCGAUCGUGUCGUCGUCUGAAAUUUGGCAUUUAAUUUACGCUUGAAUGGACUACAAUGGACUACCUUUAUGAGACGAUUACCGUGAGCGAGAGUAUCCUGACGACGCUUCCAAUACCACAGACAGAGUACUUCAAUAUAGGCCAAGGGGAAUCGGAGCUUGAGGAGCUCGGAACGAUAUUAGCAGAUGGCGGAGAUCGUUUUGGCGUGUCAACUGUGCACUUUGAUCCCAUCGAAGAGCUCAUCUGGAUGGGAAAUCAAGGCGGGCAUGUGACGUCAUACUAUGGACCCGAAAUGCAAAAAUAUACCUCGUUUCAAGUACAUCCUAAUGAGCCUGUGCGACAAAUUGCCUUUCUUAAUGAUGGAAUCCUUUGUCUUACGGAUACAAGUUUACGCUAUCAGUUACGUCGAGGAAUCCCCAAAAAAACGCAUCGCUCUAAAAAUAUGUUAAGUACCCUGUGCAUGUUGAGUACAAAUCACGAUCGAUUGCUCAUCGGAGGACAUCAAGAGCAAUUGAUCGAGUUUGAUCUUAAUACCUUUACAGAAACAUCAUCUAUUUCGUUAGGUAUAGAUGGUUGUGCUGUGUUACGAUCACACUCAAGGUAUCUUUGUUGCGGAAACGCAUUCGGGCAAAUUUCCUUAAGAGAUCCAAAUACAUAUAACGAAGAACAUGUCAUUAGCACACAUUCUGGAAGUUUAUCGGAUUUCGAUGUGCAGGGAAAUUAUCUUAUUUCAUGCGGGUACAGUGAUGGAAGACAUGGAAAACUCAUUGCCGAUCGACAUCUUUUAGUGUACGAUUUACGAAUGCAUCGAUUAAUUUCGCCCAUUUAUACAGCAAUUGAUCCGUUUUUGUUGCAUUUCCUUCCAUUACAUUGUCAGCGGCUUGCUGUUGUAUCUCCUCUUGGGCAAUUACAGCUUGUAGAUACCGUUGAAUUGAGUAAACCGAGAAUUUGCAUGUAUCAAAUAAACACGUCGGGUGCUCAAUGUCUCUCCUUCGACAUUUCAUCUACGACUCAAGCAAUGGUAUUUGGCGAUCAAGCUGGCAAAAUUAAUUUAGUUGGAUCAAUUGGACUUGUUCAACCAAAGUUCAAUGGUUAUUCAAGACCAACAGAAUUUGCAGAUCCAAUUCAACCUCUUCCAUUUGUACCUAUCAACGAUUACAGCUUCCCAAUGGCGUCGAUUCCUCUUCCUAAAGUAUCUUCCGAACAUGAGAAGUUGUCGAGUGAUAUGCCGGAGGAUCUUAUGAGACAUCAACAUCUCAAACCGAAACCCAUUGACGCUGAAAUCCUCGAAAACAUGAAGAUGAAAGGCCCUAUUGGCUAUGCACUCAAUCCGAAAAAGACAAUUAGAAAUAUUAUUCCAUACUAUCAACAUUCAUUACAAAACGAUCAAGUUAUGACUCCAAUCAAUAAAGCGAAGACGAAUCAUGAAAAUGGCAUCAAAAUGAUACCGAAAAGAUAUCGCAAGGCUGAAAUCAAAUUUAGUAAAGUUGGAACGCAAGACAUCGAUUACGACAAGUACAAUCAAACAGACUUCAUUGGAUUAGAGGCAAUUUUACCGAAUGCUUAUUGCAAUCCGAUGUUACAAGUUCUGUAUUUUAUCAAUCCGUUACGAAAAAUGCUCCUUUCACAUUCGUGCAAUCGUGAGCAUUGCAUUUCGUGUGAACUGGGUUUCUUGUUUCACAUGUUCGAUAUUUCUUCGCCUCCAAACCCUCCAUGUCAAGCAAGCAACUUUUUGCGUGUUUUUCGUACAGUACCUGAAGCCUCCGCAUUGGGGCUAAUAUUGUCGGAUCGCAAUACCGACAAUGGGCAUAACUUGCUAAGUUUGAUUCAGAAUUGGAAUCGAUUUGUAUUGCAUCAAAUUCAUAACGAAACAAUGGAAAGUAAUGGGAAACGGAAACAUACAACGUCGGAAACGCUCUCAACGAGCUCCGACCACACGGAUCCCAGUGAGACAAGCGAAUCUAUAAAAGUCAAUGGAGUGCAGAAACGGAUACGAAAUGUCAGCGGAUCAGAUGAGAAUCAAAAGACAACUAACGAAAAUACGCCUGAAAAUAAUAUCGGACAAGAACGAGUCGAAGAUGUUUCAGGCAUCAGUCAAUUGUUUGGCACAAAACAAGAUUGCGUUCAUCGAUGUUUAAAAUGCAACGAAGAGAAUGUCAAGUCUACGAUACAAAUGGUCUGCAACCUUUUAUAUACACCCCCGAAAACGACAUCGACGAGUAAAGAUGCCUCCAAUUCGCUAACGAACGGAAGCAGUGAGACAACAACAUUUAAAAAAGUUCUUGAAUCAUCGCUUUGUUUCGACAAAACAACUCCUGCAUGGUGCGAAUCUUGCAAAAAAUUUACUCCAACGAAUCAGAAAUCAAAGGUACGAGAAAUGCCGAAUAUCUUAGCAGUAAAUACGGGACUCGAUAAUGAACGUCAUCUGGAAUAUUUGCGUUUGAUAACAGGUCAUACAAGCACGACUCCCACGAAUGGAAUCUCAGAUAUAGGUGCAGGCGCCUCUCCAACAAAUGGGCUAUUUCGUCCUACAAAUGGCAUUCUCAAGCAAUGUCGAUAUGGAACGCAUUGUUCACGCAUUGAUUGUCAUUUUGCACAUCCCGAAAGAAAAUCGCCCUGUUUAAAUACGAAUCAAUUGACAUCCCUCAUCAACAAUACAAAUAACAAUAAUAACAGUGGAAAAUUGAAUGCAUGGUUCCCAUUGAGUUUCACGAUGGAAGUUAAUUCUGAAGGGCAAGUAGAAAUAAGUAACGAAAUAACAGCAGAAAACACUCAAAUGACGUCGAGCUCAUCAUCAACAACAACGACAAAUGGAAUAUCGUCGAAAUUGGAAUACAUGAAAAUCGAAGAAAGUAUAAAAAAUUCAGAGACUGAACAGAAAAAUGGACAUGUCGAAAAAGUUACCAAAAAUGGAGAAGAAAAAGAAAAUUUGGAAGAAGAGGUAAAGAGUGAAGAAGCAUCAACAAAGUCGAAAAACUAUGCUCUCACUGCCGUCGUUUGUCACAUCGAUGAAGGAACCCAUCGUAACCUCGUUGCCUUGAUAAAUGUCGACAAAUCGUAUCAUGAACUCAAGACUGCAAAAACUUCCUCGUCAAAUCUUUCCGCUGAAACGCGUUGGUAUCUCUUCAAUGACUUCACCGUAUCUCCUGUUUCAGUAAAUGAAGCUGUUUGGUUUACAUUCGAUUGGAAAAUUCCAACUAUCUGUUAUUACACAGCUACAGAUGCAACAGCGUCGAAAAUCGAAGACUUGAAUGACUAUGUGAAUCCAAUGACUUUUGAAUUGUUUAAAGAACCGUUGAGUGAAAUGCCGCCUCCCGCGAUAUCAGAUGACAAACAAGUUAUUUGUAAACCGCCAACGGAACCAUUUCCCGCAGGAUAUCUCGUCGCUAUGGAUGCUGAAUUCGUUACACUCAAUCAGGAAGAAAAUGAAAUUCGUGCAGAUGGAAAGAUGUCGACGAUAAAACCAAAAUUGCAAAAUGCCGCACGCAUCACGUGCAUUCACGGACAAGGCCCACACGAAGGACAACCCUUUAUGGAUGAUUACAUUUCCACGCACGAGCAAGUUGUCGAUUAUCUCACGAAAUAUUCCGGAAUAAAGCCCGGCGAUUUGGAUGCCCAUUUCAGUAAUAAACGACUGACGACACUCAAAAAAUCAUAUCAAAAAUUAAGAUAUUUGGUCGAUUCGGGCGUCAUUUUCGUCGGGCACGGAUUGCGAAACGACUUUCGCGUGAUCAAUAUGAUUGUGCCGGCAGAACAAAUUGUCGACACGGUUUACCUAUUCCAUAUUCCUCAUUAUCGCAUGAUCUCACUGAGAUUCUUAGCAUGGCACUUUUUAGGCAUAAAAAUUCAAUCAGAAACACACGAUUCUAUUGAAGAUGCUCGUACAGCAUUACUUUUAUACAAACAUUACCUACAUUUAAAGGCAAGAAAUGCUUUAAGUUUAGCGAUAAGUAAUUUAUAUGACAUUGGAAUGCAGUUGAUGUGGAAAGUACCGAACAAUUAACCCUAUUGUUGGUGCAUUUUGAAACUCUAUUUCAUGUGUGGAUGCGUGUGAUUUUUUUUUUAUUUUUAAAAAAAUGGAAGCGAAAUGUAUUUUUCGUUUCUCAUACUUUACACAAUUAAAAAAAAAACUUAGGUUUUAAGUAUAAAAGUGAGAUAAUAGAGUUAAAAAGAUAAUUUUAAGUCUUUUUUGUUAAAAUAUUUUGUAUCCUAGCUUAUUUUUCCAUUGUUUUUUUUUUACAAAGUUGUUCAUUUUUUAAUUUAAAUUUAAAAAGCAAGUCUUUCUGAAAAAUGAAAAGAAAAAAAUAAUAAACAUUUGUAAUGAUGAAUUGAAGAAAACAAAAAGUGAAAAAAUCAAAGUAUUACUAUUAGGCAGCUAAUUAAUUUAUUUUUUUACACGAAAAUAAUAUUUCCGGUCAAAAACUAUUAUUUAUCUACUUAUGAAAUUUGUUUAAUUUGAACUGAAUGAAAUAUUUC